AUUCUGCUCAUUCCAGCUACCGCUCGUUUUUUUGUGCAAUGAUAAUCAGCGCGAACGUUUCGCACCAUUUCCUACGUAGAUAAACACACCGCCUGAUAUCAGUUGUUUGUCUUGCUAUACGAGUACAAUUAGUCAUGGAGCAACCCGUGUGUGAUUGAACGAGUGUUUCGCGAGUGUCCUCACAGUAAACAUUGUAUCUCGGUCACGUUCUUUUGACAAUUGUCUAUAUUAACUUGUGAACAGACCAUUAUAACAAUAAUGGGAAAUUAGUGCUGGAUGCAUUUUGUCAGUUCAUCAUAUCUGGAUUUAGUUCUUUGUUACAACAUAUUUUACAACAUUAUAACACGGCACAGAGCUGCGCCGCAAAAAAAGAACCUGAUUAGUUUAUUGAAAAAGAUAACUGCAAUAGUACAAGAAACACGCAUACAUCCAACACAUACCAAGCGCAUCAAGGGACUGAAGGUUCGAAAAGUGAAGUGUAGAAACUCACGUUAUCCGCAAAAAGUAACAACCUCUCAUCAACAAACUGUAAUAAAAUAAAUCUAAAGAGAAUCUCGAAACAAAUACUAAUACAACUACUACAAAGCUACCUGCAAUUUUCAGUAUUCAUUUAUUUAAUAAAAUAGCUACGAAUUAAGUAAACUUUUACACGAGACUAAUAUUAAAAUAAAUUAAACUAAAACAUAGAAGAAUAUCUAAACGAACUUAAAAGAGGAAAUAACAAAGUGAUAUCAACGGGUUCCACAAAGGCUGAAAAAAUACACCUACAUUAGUAAGGGCAGGAUAAAGGACCUUACUACCAAGUAAUCCAAGAAAAGACAAUGUUCAACAACUUGGCCAGCUACCUGCUAGGAACCGCAAGCAACCAGCAACAAGAAGAGCGUGAAAAGGAAGUGGAACAAAUAAACAAUAUAAGACUGACUACUGCUAGUUGUUCCGUUGACGACGAUGAUGACGAAUGGGUGUUGGUCGAUCGUAACGACAGCGAGGGAAAUUCAGAGCUCAGCUCCGAGGAGAGCGAAUAUGAACCGAACGUGACAGCGCCCGAUCAGUUCGAGACGCUCCUCUCCCGCACAAAUUCAUCUGCGUCACUACCGUACACAGGUGCAAUGGCGAUGGAGGAAUCAUGGUUCCUCACGCCGCCACCAUGCUUUAUCUCUGCAGGGCCGGUUCACAUGGAGACAUCACCGCUGGAGAACCUGCUGAUCGAGCAUCCCAGCAUGAGCGUCUACGAGCAACCAGUGCUGGCAAUUCGUCGUCCAAUUGCCACCUUAGAAGCGGUAGCUGAUGUCGAGGAUGCUCCGGAGACGGAAGAUGGCUACCUUGAGGUGGCGUCCGCUGUGGUAGCGCUCCCGGCGCAAGGCAAUCGCUUACUCGCAAACAACCGGGCGCUUGUGCGCGCCGAAGUGUAUGUGCAGCAGGCAAAGCAGGGCGCCAAACAAGCUCAGAAGGUGCAGAUUCAAAAGGCUUGCCAGUCUUUGAAACGCGGCUAUCUGGAGCGCAACAAUAAGGCUCGUGACGUGAACUGUCGUAAUCAGCGGCUGAGGAGGGGCGAACGUUCGCAGGGCGCCACGCGUUCGCACGCCAACAACAACCGAAAGUGCUGAGUACGACGCCCCCAUCCCCUUAUCACAACGUCAACACCGAUCUCAUCUUUGCCCCAACACAUACACACCACGCAUGCAUGGCACAGCUGCAGGCACAUACACGUAUAAUUUAAUGCCGCAAUUCGUAAAUUUUAUUUCUGUUUGGGAAACGGCAAGUCUAACAACCACCGCAUUAUACGUCGUCUACCGUCGUUUUAACUUUACACAUCAGCAAAUUAAAUGAAUUAAUUACCUAAUAAUUAAAUUAAAAAGAAAUCAAAGCACAUGUGAUUUAGACUAAAUUACCAAAGCACCGGUUGUGUUCAACAAAAGCAAAAAAAAGGAAUGAAAUACAAAAUAGAAAAACUCACAAUGAAACAAAAAAAUGAGAUAAUACAAAAAAAUUUGUGUGAACACAAAAACUAUAUGCAACCAAACAAUAACUGAAUUCCCUACGCAGAAAACAAAAUAAAUUGACAGAGAAUCAUGGAGUGUUCGGGGCGCUUACUUAAUAGAUGAUAUUUAUCGUUUAUUUCAUCCCCUUAAAGGGUUUAUCAUUUAGUUGUAAAGCUCUGUAUAUACCAUAGUACCUAAUUCAAGCGAAUCACUGAUACUAUAUACAAACACAAAAAAAAAGCAGACAUCAUUUUGUUAUGUUAGGGCAUUUUAGUUUUAUGAAUACAAUUUAAUCGAUUUGCUCCAACAGAUGGAAACAAAUAAUCUGUCAUUUAGACACAUGCAUACAAUUUACUAAUAUAUGAAGAGGAAAAUACCAAGAAAAAUUAACAAUUCAAAGUUAAAUUAAGAGCAUGUUGGCAUCACGACAAUUUUUUUGUCAUUAUAUAGUACUAUUGGAUAUCUCUAAUCGAUUAUUGUAGAUUCGAAUAUUAAGUGAGAUUUUUAUUUUAUGUUCCACCUUCAUAUGUUUUCCAUUUGGAAAGUGAAUGAGCAUACAAUUUUUUUUUUGUUAUGAUAAACGAGUCAAAUGGAUUGAUUAAUUUUGAAUAAUUAAGAAUAAAUCAAAUUUUGUUUUAACAAAGACGCAAUGACAAAAAAAACGAGAAACUAUAUUUUAUUAUAGCGUAUAUUUACACUACGAUUAUCUAUAUUAUAUUUUACGAGUAUAUAAAUUAAUAUAUUGAUUUGAUUCGUUGCGCUGCUAAUAUUUUCACGUGCGAGUAAUUCGAAAAAUGUACCUUUAUAAUUUAAAUUAUUUAAGUUAGUCCACAAUUUGUAUUAGUAAUUAUUUAUAGCUAAAUAUCCGGACAUUUUGUUGACUUUUUGUGUUCGAUUUUAAAGAAUACCCAGCGAAUUUUGUUAGAUUUUUAUGCUACUGUGAUGACAAUGAAAAAAAUAUAUAAAAACAAACAGUUUUAGUUCUGAUUUUAAUUUUUUUGAGAAUAUGUGUGUAUCAUUUACGCAAAUCAUCUAAACCAGCGUUUAAAAUCACCCUCUUACAAGAUCUAUUGUAUCCAAUCAAUAAAAGGGAAACAAGUGAAUACAAAUGUCCAAUAACAAGCAAAACAUUCAAUUGUUUGCAUAGGAGUGUAGGAAAACGAAACAAAACAGAAUCAUCAGACCACAAAGUACAAAAUUCCACAUAUAACUGAUUCAAUUACCAUUUAAUUAACUACAAUUAUUGUAUUUGCGCUAAGAGUAAUAUUACAAACAGAAACAUAGAAAAAUAGAACAAAUAGAAUUGUUAACCUUACGAUAGUGUCAAACCAAAUUCUGUCCAGUCCCUAAAAAACUAUCGAAUUUAUAUAUGUGUAAAUGCCUCCUGCAGAAUUCACAUAAUUCAUGCAAUUUUCAUGAACAGAUUUUUGCGGUUAAAAACACAAUGGUAAUAAACGAUAAACUAGUGAUAAUAUUGUAAUAGUAAUAAUUGAAUGAAUUACAACCACAAAAAUGUGCGAUUACUGAUUUAGGUCUGCCUACAUACAAUAUUUAAUUCGCAAUGAGUUUUUGGGAAGUAUUGCAUCAUAUAUUCGAUGUAUUCAGUACGGUAGCAACUGUCCAACCCCAACAUGCAAUAAAUUUUACGAUAACACUUCGAAAUAAAUUGCUGAUUGCAGAUAUAUGAAUAAAUGAAUAGGAUGCAAAAAUAAUUGACAUUAUUAUUCUUAUAGAACAUUGGGACACACAUUGAAUUGUUCUAUCAAUGUUCGCACGUUUAGAAUUUCAAUUUGUUCAUCUAUUGUGAUGAUGAAAACCAUGCGACUAUAAAUUAUAUAUAUAUAUACACUUGUAUGCAUUUGUAUAUAUAUCUAGAUCUAGAUCUAUAUAUCACAAAAUGUAGUUGUGUAAAUGUUUUUAUUUGUAGACGCCAAGAGAGUUCAUGAGUAAUUUAUUAUUGUGCGAAUGAUGUUUCGGGCUUAUUGUCUAAAAACCCAAAAUGUCUAGAUUCCGCACGGUGCAGGCAAAAAUGUAAUUAUAAAUGUAUUGAUUACAAUAUGACGCUAAAAUAAUUAUGAUUAACUUAGAAUGUACAACAUUACUUGCACUCUUAUUCUACGAUAGAAUAUAUAAUUGCUAACGAUAAGUUUUGUGGAUGAACGAAAGAGGCGCAUGUAACAAUGUAUGAUGUAUUGUAUUUAAGAAACUGAUUAUGAAUACGAUUUUGAAGUACCAAUGCAGAAACACUUUGACCCACACUGACACAUCAUGUUCGAAUAUUUAAAAUGUGAUGUAUCCAUUUAGUUACGAAUUCUAAACACUCGUAUAUUAUGAGUUUAUCGAAAAUAUGAAAAGCGAUACCAAGUCAAAAAUUGACCAUCAAUACAAUUGAUACAUAGAUUGUUCAAUCUAUAUUUUACUAUAUGAGAAAUUACUCUUGAAACCAAGUGCUGUAAAAAUAAAUGAAAAUCUUAUGGUAAAAAAAUGUGAAGAUAUGUCACGCGCAAGCGACAAAAAAAGUUAUAAAAGAUGCAAAAAUGUUAUUAAAAAAAAAACAAGAUUUUGAAAAAUAAAAUUAAAAAAUACUUCUGUUACGUU